GCUAGGUAACAGCUCCUGUGCAUUCCGUCUCGUCUCCGUUAUAGGAGCUAGCAUAAAUGCUAUGAUAAACAGCUACAGUUUACGGAGAAAAACGAGCAGUUUGUGUUUCUAAAAAGCUUCUUUCUGGGAGCCAUGACAGCGAUUAAAGAUGGGGAGUACACGGCGACCAUCUACACACUGAUUAAAGACGGACAAUAUGUGGAGGCAAUUCACAUUCUAAACGGCCAACUUCAGAAACACUCCAAGUCCAGAGCGGCGCUGUCGCUGCUGGGGUUCUGCUACUACCACAUCCAGGACUUCAACAGCGCCGUGGAGUGCUACGAGCAGCUCACCCAGCUGCACCCGGAGGUGGAGGAGUACAAGCUGUACUACGCCCAGUCGCUGUACAAAGUCGGGGCUUACUCUGAGGCCACCAAGGCCUCGUUUGUCCUGGACAACCCCGGCAGCCACAUCAAGAUGGUGAAGCUCCAGGCAUGUAUCAAAUUUUGUGAGGAGGAUUAUUCUGCUGCCAAGUUGCUGCUGGAGCAGCUGCCGCCGGACGACCCGGACUACAUCUACAACAUGGGCUGCUUGCUCUAUCAGGACGGCAAGUAUGAGGAGGCCAGCAAGAAGUUCAUGACGGCCAUGCAGAUGUUGGGAUACGUCCCAGCGUUGUCCUACAACAUCGCCCUGACCUACUACAGCAUGAAGAACUAUCCGCAGGCCGUCAAAUACAUCACAGAGAUCAUAGACCGAGGAAUGAGGGAACAUCCAGAGCUGGACGUCGGGGUGAGAACGGAAGGCUUCGACGUUCACAGCGUGGGAAACACUCUGGUCCUGCAUCAGUCGGCUCUGAUCGAAGCCUUCAACCUCAAAGCCGCCAUUGAAUAUCAGAUGAAGAACGGGAAAGCAGCUCAGGAGGCGCUGACUGACAUGCCGCCGAGAUCAGAGGAGGAGCUGGACCCCGUGACGCUGCACAACCAGGCUCUGGUCAACAUGGAGCUGAAGCCUUCGGAGGGAUUUGAGAAGAUGGCGUUUCUGCUGCAGCAGCCGUCCUUCCCCCGCGUCACGUUCGGAAACCUGCUGCUGCUCUACUGCAAACACGAGUACUUCGACCUGGCGGCCGACGUCCUGGCAGAAAACGCUCACCUCACCUACAAGUUCCUCUCUCCGUACAUGUACGAGUUCCUGGACGCGUUACUGACCUGCCAGACAGCACCUGAGGAGGCCUUUAGAAAGUUUGAAGAGAUGAACAGCAAACUAACAGAGCAACUUCGCAAGCUGGCAAAGCAGGUGGUUCAGGACACCAGACACAUUCGAGACGACGAGUCCCAGAGCAAAACGCUGCACGACUACGACAUGAUGCAGGAGAAGUACGUUGUGGCUCUGAUGGCGCAGGCGAAGAUCUACUGGAACCGCGAGAACUUCCAGAUGGUGGAGAAGAUUUUCCGGAAGUCGGUGGAGUUCUGCAACGACGACGACACCUGGAAGCUGAACGUGGCUCACGUCCUCUUCAUGCAGAACAAGUACAAGGAGGCCAUCAGCUUCUACGAGCCCAUCGUCAAGAAGCACUACGACUCCAUCCUGAACGUGAGCGCCGUGGUUCUGGCCAACCUGUGUGUCUCCUACAUCAUGACCAGCCAGAACGAAGAGGCUGAAGAGCUGAUGAGGAAGAUUGAGAAAGAGGAGGAGCAGAUCUCCUACGAUGAUCCAGACAAAAAGGUUUUCCACCUCUGCAUCGUCAACCUGGUCAUCGGGACGUUGUACUGCGCCAAAGGGAACUACGACUUCGGCAUCUCUCGAGUCAUAAAGAGCCUGGAGCCUUACAACAAGAAGCUGGGGACAGACACAUGGUUCUACGCCAAGCGUUGUUUCCUCUCGCUGCUGGAGAACAUGUCCAAACACAUGGUCAUGCUGCGGGACGCCAUGGUGAAGGAGUGUGUUCAGUUCCUGGAGCACUGCGAGGUUUACGGGAAGGCGGUGCCGGCCAUCAUUGAGCAGCCGCUGGAGGAGAUCAACGUCCACAUUGGAAAAAACACGGUGACGUACGAGGCGCGGCUGCUCAAGGCGCUGUUCUACGAGGUCACCGGCUGGAACAAAUGA